AUGACAGGAACGUUGAGCACAAAGAGUGAUGUGUAUAGUUUUGGUGUUGUUCUACUAGAGCUCCUCACAGGUCGUAAACCAGUUGAUCAUACUUUACCAAGAGGACAGCAGAGUCUCGUGACAUGGGCAACACCUAAACUGAGUGAAAACAACGUGAAGCAGUGUGUUGAUGCAAGACUAAACGGAGAGUAUCUUCCCAAAGCUGCUGCCAAGAUGGCUGCUGUAGCUGCGCUUUGUGUGCAAUAUGAGGCAAAUUUCAGGCCAAACAUGAGCAUAGUAGUGAAGGCUCUUCAGCCUUUGCUCAACCCUCCUCGCUCUGCUCCUCAGACUCCUCAGAAUAACAACCCUUAUUGA